AUGAGCUCUCAGCCUGCCAAGCAGUCCUGUCCAGAGCACACCAUUGCAGGAAGUUCCAAUAACAUCUUUCUAAAUUACUGCUGUUAUUGCCGCUUUCCUGACAGUCAUUCUAGCUCCAUGGAACCUGGGAAUAACACACAUUUUUCAAAAUUCAUCCUCCUUAGACUCUCACAAGGGGCGGACCUUCAGUCCAUCCUCUUUGGGAUGUUCCUCUCCAUGUACCUGAUUACUCUGACUGGCAACCUAUUUAUCAUCCUGGCCACCAUCACCGACUCCCACCUACACACGCCGAUGUACUUCUUCCUCUCCAACCUGUCUUUCUGUGACAUCUGUUUCACCUCCACCACUGUCCCAAUGAUGCUGCUGAACAUUCGUGUGCAGAACAAAACCAUCACCUAUGAUGGCUGCCUUGCCCAAAUACAUUUCUUCAUCCUUUUUGGAGAGUUGGACAUCUUCCUCCUGUCUGUGAUGGCCUAUGACCAGUUUGUGGCCAUCCGUCGCCCCCUAUAUUACACGGUCAUCAUGAACCCCCGACUCUGUGGUGUGGUGCUGCUGACAUUCUGGAUUUUGAGUGUCCUGGACUCCCUGUUUCACGUUUUGCUGAUAUUACGGUUGUCCUUCUGCUCCAACGUGGAGAUCCCCCACUUCUUCUGUGAAAUCAACCAGGUCAUCCUCCUGGCCUGUUCAGACAUCCUGUUCAAUGUCAUUGAGACAUAUCUCACCACUGGGCUGAUGGGUAUUAUUUCCUUUUCUGGGAUCCUUUACUCCUACUCCUGGAUCAUCUCCUCCAUACUGAGGAUUACAUCCACCAGAGGGAAAUAUAAGGCAUUUUCCACCUGUGGGGCUCACCUCUCCAUUGUGUUCUUGUUUUAUGGCACAGGUCUUGGGGUGUACCUGAGUUCAGCUGCUACCCACAAUUCCAAGGCCAGUGCAACUGCUUCAAUGAUGUACACCAUGGUCACCCCCAUGCUGAACCCAUUUAUCUACAGCCUGAGGAACAAGGACAUCAAGAGGGCCCUGAGACGUCUUUUCAGCACUGCCCCUUCCAAUGAGUGA